UGUUCCCAUCGCCUCCAUCAACCCUUUAGGAACAGCAUCUCCUGGUGCAGGGAUGUCUCUCUCUGGACAGACAGUGAAACUGACAUGUCUGUCUAUUCCAGAUCCUUCUCCCCAUCAGUUCAGAGGAGAGAGCAAGAAGGAAAAUCCCUGGUUGUCCACAGUUUCACAAACGAGAAACCUGAAGGCUUUAGUUUCACUUUCCAGUUUCAGUUUCCUACUGUUGUGUGCAACACCACACCUCCCUUUAUAGAGCUGUUUCCCAGUUCUAUCUGAGAGUCCAGUUGGUGAGAAAGUCCAGAAGAGAGCAGAGCAUCAGGGAAGGAUCCUGAGGAGCCCUGUCCUGGUGAAAGUCCAGAGAACUUCAGCCACCUUCACAGCCACCAUGGGAGAGAAUGCUGGUGCUGAUCAGGUCAAGAAGAAUCUGCUUCAACUGAAAUGUCACUUCACAUGGAAUUUGCUGUUUGAAGACAGUGACAUACCUGGUUUGAAAAUGAGAAUCUCGGAGCAGGUCGAGUUCCUAGACAUCAUGAGCAGAGUGAGGAUGCACAACCUCCUGGCCUACGUGAAACACCUGACAGGUCAGCAUGAAGAAGCCCUGCAGAGCCUGAAAGAAGCAGAAGCCUUGGCCCAGAGAGAGCAGUUGGGCAAGAGAAGCGUGGUGACCUGGGGCAACUGUGCCUGGGUGCAUUACCACAUGGGCACCUUGGCAGAAGCCCAGACCUACCUGGACAAGGUAGAGAAUACUUGCAAGGAAUUUGCAAGUCCCUUCCGCUACAGGAUGGAAUGUGCCGAGAUGCACUGUGAGGAAGGCUGGGCCUUGCUGAAGUGUGGAGGACAGAAUUAUAGACGAGCCAUGGCCUGCUUUGCAAAAGCUUUGGAAGCUGAGCCUGAAAACCCUGAAUACAGCAUUGGCUAUGCCAUCACCGCCUAUCGUGAAGACUGUGAUGACAAUAAUAUUUCUCUGGAACCGCUGAGGAAGGCUGUCAGGUUAAAUCCAGCAGAUCCAUAUACUAAAGUUUAUCUUGCCCUCAAACUUCAGGAUGUAGGAGAAACAGAAGAAGCAGAAAGGCACAUUGAAGAAGCCCUCAGCAGCAAAUCCUGUCAAACCUAUGUCUUUCGUUAUGCAGCCAAGUAUUACCGAAGGAAGCGCUGCACAGACAAAGCUCUCCAACUCCUACACAAGGCCUUGCAGACAUCACCUGACUCUGGCUACCUGCAUUACCAAAUAGGGCUCUGUUAUAGGGAACAAAUGAUCCAACUGAAGACAUCCAGAAACAAACAGUCCAGAAGGCAGAGCAAUAUGAAUGAAAUGGCCCAACGGGCCAUUUCUGAAUUUCAAAAGACUGUGGAACUGAAGCCCACGUUUGAGAUGGCUUAUGUUUGCAUGGCUGAAGUUCAGGCAGAAAUUCGCCAAUAUGAAGAAGCUGAGGCAAAUUUCCAGAUGGCGCUGAACAUGAAGAACCUUCCGGGUCACUUAGAGCAAGACAUUCAUUUCCGCUAUGGCCGUUACCAGCUAUUUCAUCAAAAUUCAGAAGACAAGGCGAUCACCCACUACUUAAAAGGUCUAAAAAUAGAAGAAACGUCCUAUGCCCAGAGGAAACUACUCCAAGCUUUGGAGAAAGUGGCUGACAGAUGGGUUAAAAAUAAAGUUCGACCUGUGGAAAGCACCAGCCUCCUUGGGUUAGUCCACAAGCUGAAAGGGAACAUACCCAAGGCCCUGAUGUACUACGAGAAGGCUCUGAGGCUCACUGGGGAGUUGAACCCUGAGUUCUGAAUGCAGCUCACCUCUGCAAAGAUAAUGUACUCGUCACUGAGAUUCCAUCCCUCCUGCUUUCCCCAGAACUGCAUACUUGCUGGAAUCCAAGUACCUAAAUGCAUUGACUCCUGCCACUUCUUUCCCAUUUUCUCAUUGUCCUUUCUAGAAGGAACUUCUGUCCACACUAUACCUGCUCACUUAAUGGCCAGGACUGACUCCUGCUGUUCUCGACCCUUCGAGCCCUGUCACAAACCUUUUUCCUUGUGUCUGUGCUGUGACAAAGAAAGUCUUCAUUGUCUGCCUGCUAGUGUCCUAGACAAAGAAGUCUUCUCAAUUAGGAUUCAUUUUAGGUCAUCAGAAACACUUACAUUAGUACAACCUCAGAGCAAAAGAGAUGAACAAGAAAGAGGGUUUGAAAGCGGGAGAGGUCUCCCAGUCUUGGGCAUUUGGAAGAACCAAGAAGACUUUUAGCUAAUUAGUGAAAUACAAGGAAAGUCCUUUUUCGGUGGCAUAGCCUGAAAAUUAUAUAAAUACCUUCAUUCAAUAGUUGUUUGCUAAAAAUAUCAAGUUAAAGCAACUGCAAUAACAAAUUUGUUAUGUUUUGUUGAUGACAUUUUAAAAGAUGCAAUUGUCUAUUUGCAUAGUAUCUUGGAUAUCUUUUAUUCUCAGCUUGAUACUUGUUGGAGUCAUCUGGAAAGAACUGUCUCCAUCAGAAUGACGUAUGGGCAUCUUGUAUGAUUUUUUUUCUUGCUUCUCACCUGCUGUUGGAUGACCUGUUCCACAGUGGGUGGGUUCAUCCCUAGGCCUGUGGCCCUGGUCUCUAUAAGAUGUCUAGCUGUGUAUUUACUAGUAGGUAAACCAGCAAGCAGAAUUCUUCCAUGAUUUCUGUUCAAUUUCCUGCCUUGACUUCUUCCCCUGGGUUUCUUCAGUAAUGGAUUCUGAUCUUUAAAUUUAAGUCAAAUAAACAUUUUUCCCCAA